UCCGGAUAUGACGCGAUGCUACAAAGGAUGUUAGCCUUGGUUAGCUUGCUAACUUACUAAAAAGUAAACAAGUGUGGAAGAAAAUGAGAUGAAAUUAAUCCGCGCGGAAAACUAGCAUUUCAGCUAUGAAGGAAGAUAAGGAAAACACUCGACCGAAGGAGAAAAGGAUGGAAAUAAAAUGUGAAGAUGGAGAUAAGUCGGAAAAGUGCAAGGAAAAGAAAGAGGCCAUGACAAAGAUUGUGAUCAGACGUUUACCCCCCAGUCUAACCAAAGAAGAGCUGGAGGAGCAGCUACAGCCGCUUCCGGAAGUGGACUACCUGGAGUUUUUCUCCAACGACACCAGCCUUUAUCCCCAUCUCUUCGCAAGGGCUUACAUUAAUUUUAAAAAGCAGGAGGAUAUCGUUCUCUUCAGAGAUCGAUUUGAUGGAUACGUAUUCAUUGACAACAGAGGACAGGAAUAUCCUGCUAUUGUUGAAUUUGCGCCUUUUCAAAAGACUGCCAAGAAAAGAACUAAGAAAAAGGAUGCAAAAUGCGGCACAAUUACUGAAGAUCCUGAUUACAAAAAGUUCCUGGAAUAUUAUAAUGGAGAUGAAGAAAAAAUGGCCUCAACACCCGAGACAAUGUUAGAAGAGAUUGAGGCAAAAUCUAAGGAAUUUGUAGCCAAAAGAACAACUCCUCUGCUGGACUUCCUGAAGAAUAAGCAGAGAAUUAGGGAAGAAAAGAAAGAAGAGAGAAGAAGAAGGGAGUUGGAGCGGAAGCGUCUGCGCGAUGAGGAGCGUCGCAAGUGGAGGGAGGAGGAACGACGCAAGCGUAAAGAGGCAGAGAGGCUGAAGAGACUUGAGAAGCCGCUGGAGAAAGAGAAGGACCAGGCUAAAGAAGAACCAAAAAUUAAGCUUCUUAGGAAGCCAGACAGGGCUGAAGAUGCUGACUGUGAGAAACCCAAGGAAAAGGCCAAGAAACCAAAUAAAGACGAGAGGUCCGUGGGCGGUGCUGACCUGAAGAGGCGUCAGAACAAUGAAAAUAAGGAUGAUCGAGGGCGGCGACCGGAUGAAGACGGGCGGAAGGAUUUCCGAGAUCGCGACGGUGAUCGCGACAGGGAGCGGGAAAAGGAGCGACGGCAGAGAGAGAAGGAGCGCCUCAGGCGACAGGAUGAAGAUCGGCGAAGAAGGAGAGAGCGGCAGGAUGGAGAGAAUGCCUGUAGGAAGCGGGAGGAGGAAGUGAAAAAAGAAAAGGAGCGAGUGGAGAAGAAAAAAGCAGAAAGCGCAGCCAACUCUGCUCACAGUGAGAAGACGGAGAAGCCCGCAAAAGAGAAAAAGGAGGAGAGCUUUAAAAGAGAGCGGCUUCGAAACAAGGAUCGUCCUGCAAUUCAGCUGUACCAGCCAGGGGCCAGGAGCCGCAAUCGAGCAACCGCAACAGGAGGCGAUGAGUCCUGCGCCGCUGAAAAGAAAGCAAACGCCGAGACGACAAAAGUAGCUGACAAGGGAGAAGACUGAGCAGAGUUUCUCUACACAGCAUUUUAUGUUUGGCGAGGAGAAGAAGGUAACGACUGUGAGGUGCAGAGCGGCGGCGUCUCACAGGGUCAGCUCGCUGCUGAAGUGCAGCUGCGUUACCUCAGGCAGAGGUGGGAUGCAACGUCACAACCUCUCAGUGCCUCAGUGGGACCAGUUUUAGCUGUUAGGACAGGGAAGGACAACAUUUGUUCAUGUUGUCAGAGUCUCAUUGUUGGGCACGAUAGGUGAAGUCGAAGCUCUGUUUUGUUCUUUUGGACCACAAAUAUCAAAAGUGACCUUAUUUCCUGUGUUGUUAUAUCCACUGCAUCUUUCAGUUUGUGACAGUCCUCCUGCAUCAUUGCACUGCCUUUGGUUUUCCUGCACUUGGAGUUUACAAAAAGAAAUGUUUGUUGCCUUUUCACCUCAUCUAUGCAGAAAUUUCUUGACUCUAGCUGCUAAUCUCAGAUGGUCCAAAUUCAAGUUGCCUUUUACAUACAUAAUGAUUAAAACUGUUGUCUGUAACUAAAAUAGUUGUAGUCUUGUCGACACAACUGUUGUGUUAUGCCUGAUUACCUGUGACCAGGCAAUUGUGUGUGUUCAUUCAUUCACACAUGCAGUCUGAGGAGAAACAUCCUUUGCCGUCUGACUUCCAUGUGACAUUCACAGCUGCAUCCAGGCUUCUGUCAAUGAUCAAACUGUGACCUUCUUUCCUCAGCACCAACACAUCUCCCCUCAGAACUUUCUGAUGCACUUAGCUGGAUACAGUGUGAAAACCUCACUGUUGGUGAUGCUAACAUAGUUAAUUUGGACUGUAAAUAAAGUUUUUGGAAGUGUA